ACGAAAGCUCGUUGCUCGAACAUUAUGGCAAACCUGGCCAACAUAAAAUCUCAAUCCUAGAGAUUACCCAUGACCGGCCCGAUCGACCACCUUCAGAUCGUACGUUCCAUAUUUCAAUAUUUUCUAAAAUAUUGUAUUUUCUAUAACGUCGUCACAUCAUCGUGGACAAACGAAAGAGAGUUUUGAGUGAGGAGAAGAAACCAAGAAGUAUAUGAGGUAUAUAAUAUAGGAGGAUGAUGGGGAUCGAGGGCCAGCCAGCUAGGCUAGGGUUUGUGGAUGGAAAAAGUUGACAAUGAAACAUGGCGAUACGAAUCCAUGGCAAAGCCUACAUAUAUAGCAGUAAAAGCCAUGGAUGGAUCGAUCACAAUGACAUCACCCGACGCAAUUGUUCAAAUAAUAGCACAUUUGAUUGGUGGUCCAAGAACAUGAUGAUGAUGAUCACGAUAUACGAAAAUGGCUGACGAAGAAGCUGGCCUAAAGCUAAGUAUGUAGCUAGCUAGCUUCACUGAAUCUUAUACAUAUGUCCACACUAGAUAUAUAGGUAUAGAGAAUGGCUAGAAUCCACGUGUCAAAUGGUUACAGGUCAAUUGAGCCGUGAAGUGAUGAUCACGGUGCAGUUGUUUGUGACAAAAUUGAAUAAGGGAUUAAACGAUUGGAUCAAUUCAGUUAUUGAUUAAUCUGAUUAGAAUUUGAUCGAGUUUUCAAGCAUUCAUAACAUGAGUGUAUAAUAUUACAUGUCAAUUAUUAUAUAUUUGACAUUUCGUGAUGAAUGCGUUUUAGUCGACACAGGUCACCAAAUCAUUCGAGUCCCAAUGCCCAUAACCAAGCAUGUAUGAUAUGUGAAAAUGUUAUUCUCAGUCAUGCUAAUGAUUCUCUCUCUCUCUCUUUUUUUUUUUUUUUUUUGUGAACACUAUGUAUUUCUUUGAGCUUAUGAGUGAAUUACCUUUUGUUUAAAAUCAUCAUGUUAUUACCUGGCUGGCUAGAAUCCUAAGCAAUAACCAUUUCAUGAAUUUGGGCAACAGCUUUUGCUUUCAAAUUAAUGGGCUUUGUGCAUCCUAUUUGGGCCUGCUCCUUUUCUUAAGCCUGGAUUGGCAACUUCUCCCAAUAUGGAAAUUCUACUGACACAAAAACAAAGAAUAUUGUUUGGCAGAUCCAGACAAAGGAGACGAGUCAUCACCCACGGGCCACGGGUUACCAAUGAAAAAUUGGGCCAGCCCAGCCUUCUUGUUAUGAACGAAGUGGGCCAAUUAUGGACUGUCCUCUUCCAUGGGAAGUCCAUAGCCUGUGAUGUCACUUGGUUGAGCCCACGGAGCACCGUGAAAGUGAACAAAGGGAAUGUAAACUGAACCCAACAGUUCAGGAUUCAAUGACAAAACAAUGAGAGAAUCCUGAUGUAAUCGUACCAAAACCUAUAGCGUGUCAUUCAAAUGGUGCAACUGAUUGAUACGGUACGAUAUAACAAAUACUAAUAAAAACAUUUUAUGUUGUGUAAGUAUUGCCUCAAAGAUGAGGUGCAAAAUUUUAAAAUUCGAAUGAUAUGAUACGAUAUAACAAAUACUAGUAAAAGUACUUUAUGUUUUUGUAAGUGUUGUCUAACAAUCGGAUAUACAGUUUCAAAUAUUCUCCUGAUAAUAAAUUAGCUCAGUUGCUUGGGUUUGUUCUUUGAUAUGGUGUGAAAACAGAGCAUUAUUUGGCAGCAUCAAGUGGGUGCCCCAAUAAUUUGAUUUCUGUUAGGCUCUAACUAAUUUGAGGAAUAUACUCUUUAGAUCAAUUUUGGGGGGAUUUAUGAUGCUGAAUUCAGCCCCCCAAACUUCAAACCCUCUCAAAAGAACCCAAUUUGGCUUUGCUUGCGAAAUUUAUCAAAAAAUUGCAAUCAAAUUUUUGUAUAUUCCAUUUUGAUUAUUGAGGUUCACAAAGAUCUUUGAAUGACCUGAAAUUUCAAAGGAAACCCAUGUGGCAAUACAUGAAUAUGCGGUGGCUUCCACCUUAUCUUACAUCUUACAUCAAAGGCUUAAAAAAUAAACAAAUGCUAAUAAUUAUAGCUAGGUUGGUUACUUAAGUUGCUUACAUUCAAAAAAGUUUCAACUUUUGGAGAGCCCACAAUUUUUUAAAGUAUUAGCUCUUUGGUGAGCUAACUUGUUUCUUUCCCUCCAAUUUUCUCAUGGAUAAAUGAGUAGUUUUUUUUUAAUCUUAAAUGGUGAUAAUUUUGAUAGAAACGGUUUUGAAGGACUAGGUGAUAGUUAAUGAUGUUGAACGAAUAAAAAAUAUGAAAUCUGUUGUGGUUUGUCGAAUCAAAAGAACUGAGAUAAAUCAUCGCCCUUAUCUUAUUUUCAAAAUUAAAUCCAAUCAUAUAUAUAUAUAUAUAUAUACUUUUAACGAAUUCGCGACGAGAUGAUACAAAUGGAUCGAGUUUUUAUCAGUUUUGCUACCUCCUAAUCCAAUACAUGAACAAAUGCAUAGUUAACCAUUUGUAUUUGUGUUAUGUGCACCGCACCAUUCCUCAUCCAAGUCGAUAGAAAGGGAUAAAGAAAGCUUUCUCUCUCACUCUCCAUCAAGUAUCAGCCCCCUCCAUUAACAUUUGCUUUGAUUUCUCAAAGCUUUCCCUCCUCUCCUUCCCCAACCUUCCUCCAGCCUGAUUGAGACUUGAAUGUUCCAUCAUUAUACAUCCAUAACCACAAGAUAUACAUCACCUUUAUAUAUCUCUUUCUAUGUCAAUAUUUGUCCUGUUGGAAAACGAUGGUUGCGGUUAAACUCUUGGACUUAAAACAACUCGUUUUUACUAAUUUCAACCUUUGUGCAACGUUUUUACAAAUACACAUAUAAAGACAAGUAAAUUAAAUAACCGUUAACCAUGAGUUCGUAAUGAUUAUCGAAUUGGUAUGAUAGUUAUUCUGAGUUGACCAAAAGAUACAUGGAUGAAUCAUGUUUCAUCAUACGAUAAGCUUAAUUAAUCAAUUCAUAGGGUUUCUUCCCACCUUUGUUGUUGUUGUAGCUAUAGGAAGGUGAGAUGGGUCAAUCAAUGGCCGGCACAUGAAAAAUGGAGAAUAAUAAUAGUAAUCAAGCGUCGUCACUCGGCAACCAUAAAAGAAUGGAAGAGAAAGGUCUCCCCAUCUAACCACAACUUCUUCCAAGGUUCUUUUAACCAACUCUUGAGUUCAAUUCAAUUCAAUUGCAUGGAUUUUGGUGCUACGCAUUUACACUUGUCAAGCCAAUACUUCAUCAAGUAUAACAUACCAAAAGGAAUGGAGUUCAUUUACCUCAAUGGAUUGACUUCAUAACAUACCUCAAUGAAUCAAAUAUAACAAAAAUACACUACUUAUUUGAAAAAGAUACGAAAUCAUAUUGAAAAGUAAUCCAACUUAUUGUUAGAUUAGUGCAUAAUUGUGUACUCGUACUAGUUUUUUUUAUGCUUCAAUCAAUUUGAACCUUAUCAUCCCACUAAACACAUAUCAUUUUAAUACUCCCAAAUUUAUCUACAGCAGUCAAUAUUCUUCUGCCGAUCCUACUACAUAUUCUUCUAGUGAGAAAUACCAUGAAGAAGACGAAUCAUGCUAACCAUGGAGAACUACGGUCCAACCUCCUUCAAUCAUACAAUAGUACAAACCAAGCAGGCGUCACAUAUAUUGCUAGCUAGUACAUACAUAUAUAUAUAUUUAUAUAUAUAACCAUUUCCCCCCACCAUGAAUGAGAUCCCCCAACAGACCUUAACUCACACCAUUACAAUUUACAAGUCCCUUCAUUUAGGUCCUCUCUCCCCCUCCCUUCUUCCUAUCUCUUCAAACCCAACUCCCUUUCCCCGCCGGCCGCCAUGGGAGGAGAACAAAAGCUGACGAUGAUGGCGAUCAAGGUCGAUCUGGACUGCUACAAGUGCCGCAAGAAGAUCAAGAAGGUCCUCUGCAGGAUCCCUCAGAUUCAGAAUCAAGUGUACGACGAGAAGGCGAACGUGGUGAUAAUCACGGUGCUGUGCUGCAGCCCGGAGAAAGUGAUGGAGAAGAUUUGUUGCAAAGGCGGCGAGUCGGUGAAGGGAAUCGAGAUCGUCAAACCCCCACCGCCGAAGCCGAAGGAGCCGGAAAAGCCCAAGGAGAAGCCCAAAGAGCCCGAAAAGCCCAAAGAGAAGCCCAAAGAGCCGGUAAAACCCAAGGAGAAACCGAAGGAGCCGGCAAAGCCUCCACCGGCCGCAAAGCCAGCUCCGGCACCGGCGAAGCCGAAGGAAAACAACGAUAAGCCGCCCAAACAGACCGAACCGGCUCCGAAGCCUCAACCAGCUCCGCAACCAAAACCAGCCCCUCCGUCGCAGACCGAGAUUCCGAUCGGAUUUCCGCCGCCGGCACCGGGGCCGACGCGGACCUGCUGCAGGGAGUGCUACGAAGGGUGGGGCGUGGGGCCCUGCCACAGCAUGCUGGGCCCGCCUCCGUGCUACGACGGGUACGGCCGGCCGGUGUACGACAACUGGGGCGGCGGCGGGUGCAGGGGAGGGUACUACGGCAGCAGAGGCGAGUGCUUUAGCGACGACAAUACAUCGGGCUGCGUCGUCAUGUAAAGUCUAAAUGAGACAAGAGCCUGUCGCAAAAACGGCGGCGUUCUGAGCGAUCAUCAGCCACGUGGCGCGAUCCAGUGCGCAUGGGAUUCGUAUCAUUCGUUCAAUUUUCACUCUUUCUUGAUCCGUCGUCUCUUUUUCAUUUUCAUUUUGUGUUUUGGGGAAAAUAUGUGUAGACUAGAGAGUGAUAUAAAGAGAAUUGGUGGCAAAAAAAUGGUUAGAAAAGAUUGAAAAUGACUAUAAGAGGUUGACAAAUUUUAAUCAAUGAAAUUUGUUGGAAAUUAAAAGGUACUUUAUGAAAAAUGCUUGGCUAUUGGUUCAUCACUAAUUUGUUGGAGGAUUCUCUUUUUGUGGUGGUACAUGGUGUAAUCAAUUACUCAUCUAGAUGUGUGGUUUUGUGGAUAUAUAAUUAUAGGUUAGGCAAGAAACAUUUCAUUAGGUU